GGCGGAUUUUCGCAGGCAUGGCGGCCCUUGGCGGAAUUCAGCAGCCAUGGCGCUUCUUGGCGGACCUCAACAGUCCAUGGCGCCCCAUUGGCGAUCUGCACAACUGGCACUUUUCAAAACCUUCCCUGUCAGCUGAGAAGAUUCCAGAAACAUCUUGGGAUUUCUGAAAAACAUCUUCACAUACCAGCAAGGGGCGCCAGCUCCUGCCGCCUUGCUUAGUGUCGCGGCUCUUUAGACUUGUAAGGUUGCAGACCAGCUCCUUCAGCAGAAUUCGGACCUGGCAAGUCAGAGAAGGAAGAUUGGGAGAGAGAGGAAGGGUGGCCUGCAGAAAGCAGAACGCAUCUUGCAGCGCGCUUGAACACAUGGCUGCGAAAGGGGCAGCCACUGGAGCAAUCAAGAUAAUGCUUUCAACCAAGCCUUCGAGCCCGACCUAACGGCCCAAGCUCUAGAAACUGAGCUUGAAACAGCGACCGGUCAAAAGAAACGGCGGUGCGCCAUGACUUCUGGAGACAGUUCCCAGCGGCAAGAUACAAGGACCAGCGCCCCGCAGGACGACGAGCAGAUGCAACCGUCGCCCCACCUGCGUGCCUGGCGGGCGCAGCCUGAUCGGGUUGUGCCACUGGAGUUCCUCAACAGAUCGAGGGUCGGACACGAGCACGUGUCAGUCGGAGAGCGUGGUCCCAGGGGAUCACCUGGACAGUCGUCGUCAAGCUCCGACUCUGGUGAAGAGCAAGUAGGCCGGCUUCGAGAAGCGGCAACAGACAAACUUGAGCACCAUCAGCAUUCAACCCUCGCCAGCGAUGACGAGUCGCAGGCUUCAGAGUCUGAAGGGGAUGGCGGGGACAUCGAGGAGGCAGAGUUUAAGAGCGCGGCGGAAUCCUCGGAUGAAGAGACUUCACAGGACCGCGCAAUAAUCGACGAUGCAAGCCAGGCGGAAGAGAACCCUGUCAUUACGGCCGGCCAGCUUGCAGCAAUGGAGUCCUCUGAUUCCGAGUCUCUAUCCCAACUCCUGGGGGGGCGCUUUAAACGGCGGGCUCCAAAUAGGGCAUUCAACUCGCUUCGGACUGGGCGCCCGUCCCGGGUGGUGCUCUCAUCGCCAGGGUCCUCAUCUGAAGUUGGUAUCCCAGAUCCGUGCCGAAGCCAUGCCGCAAAGAUGAAGAGCUCGGGGUUGCUGCCGCUGAUCAGCUGAUGGCUGAAGCCGCCGCCGGCAGCUCGCUAUCAGAGCCUGAGGAAGACAGUUAUGGCCGGUGGGACGACUUCGACAUGGACUCUGAUGACAACUCGCGUCUGGAGAAUGAGUUCGCAAGAUGCGUGAUCGUGCCACGUGCGCAUCCAAAAGCUGGGCAGCCAACGCUUGGACGGACGUCCCUCCUCACAGCAACCCCACAGCAGGACAUUGGUGACCAGUCCAUGCCUUCUGCUCAGCCAUUUGCGCCUGCCUCCCCAGCCGCCGGGUCCCAGGUCACUGGC